UUUUUAUGAUAUCAAAUGAAUAAAGCCCUCUCUGGUGCAGUUCAUAACUUGCCUGAGACCCACUGCCUCCCUCCCAUCCAGUACAAGGCACUGGUCUCCCAGUGCCGAUCUGAGGGUGAGGUACCCAGGGAGAGUCUGGCCGGUCCGCCCCCUGACCGGCAGCAGCAGGAUGAGCUGUCCCACGUCCCCUUGGGUCCCGGGGUCCCGGGUGAGCCCUCCUCGCCGGGCUCCAAACCCCGCAGCGCCCGCCUCCCUCCGGACGGCUCCCCCGGCAAGGCCAGCACCCCCGGCUCCGAGCGCCGCGGCCUCCCCCGCUCCCCGGGGGUCCCCCGCUCCCCGGGGCCAUCCCGGUCUCCAGGGGUCCCCCGCUCCCCAGGCGUCCACCGGUCCCGUCAGGACCCGACAGACGACCGGACCGCCGGGCUCGGGGUCACCCACGCCAGCGUCCACGCUCCCGGCUCCGCCUCGACCUCGCCUCCGUCUGCUGCCGGCGCCUUGGGCGUCGCUAUGGAAACCGCCUCAGCCUCCCUCAAGGAAGGGGUUCCCGGCGAGGGCGUCAACAAGGACCUCGGCUUACCCGGCAAGGAGCUGGACGGCAGGGAGACGGCAGGGGAGGAGGGCGGACUGGAACCAGCUGGGACCGGCCAGGGUGGACUGGAACCAGCUGGGACCGGCCAGGGUGGACUAGGACCCACUGGGUCUGGGCAAGGCGGACUGGAAGCGGGGAGUCCUUCCGACUCGGCAGAGUCGGCCCUCGCAGGUGAAGAUGGAGAAGACCAGCUGGAGAAGUCUGAGGUUCAGGCCAUCAUAGAGUCUACCCCUGAGCUCGACAUGGAGAUGGACGGCUUCAGAGACACCAGCACGCCCACCAAGGGUAUAGGGGGGGUGGAGAACCUGGCCUUGGACCGCAACACAGAGUCCCUGUUUGAGGAGCUGUCCUCCUGCGCCGGGAACGACCUCAUCGGAGACAUGGACGACGGAGCCGACCUCCUGGGUAUGGGCCGUGAGGUUGAGCAUCUCAUCCAGGAGAACACCCAGCUGCUGGAGACCAAAAACGCCCUGAACGUGGUGAAGAACGACCUGAUCGCGCAGGUGGACGAGCUGGCGUGCCUCCGGGAGGGGCUGCAGAGCGAGCUGGAGGCCGUCAGCCAGGCCAAGGCCAGAGUGGAGGACAGGAACAAGGAGCUGGAGGAGGACCUCAAGAAGCUGCGGGCCGAGCUUGAGGAGGCCAAGCAGAAGACCAAGAGCGACAACGGAGAGGAUCAGAGCGACGUGCCCACGGCCCAGAGGAAGCGCUUCACGCGGGUGGAGAUGGCCCGCGUGCUGAUGGAGAGGAACCAGUACAAGGAGCGGCUGAUGGAGCUCCAGGAGGCCGUGAGAUGGGCCGAGAUGAUCCGGCAAUCCAAGGAGAACCCAGCUCUCACAGAGAAGAAGAAAUCCAGUCUUUGGCAGUUUUUCAGCCGUCUGUUCAGCUCGUCGGGCGGCGCGGGUAAGAAGCCCGCGGGCGACGCGGCGGUCAACCUGAAGUACAACGCGCCGAGCGCCCAGGUGCAGCCGACGGUGAAGAAGAAGAGCAGCGCGCUGCAGCAGCUGCCCAGCGACAAGAGCAAGGCCUUCGACUUCCUCAACGAGGAGGCGGCCGCAGACCCAGCGGUGUCCAGGAGGGAGCAGAAGAGAGCGCAGUACCAGCAGGUCAAGGACCACGUUCAGAAGGAGGACGGCAGGGUGCAGGCGUACGGCUGGAGCCUGCCCCACAAGUACAAGGUGGCCAACGGGGGACAGUCGGAGACCAAGAUGAGGAACCUCCCCAUCCCCGUGUUCCUCAGACCGCUGGACGAGAAGAACACAUCCAUGAAGCUGUGGUGCGCUGCGGGGGUGAACCUGUCGGGGGGUAAGACUCGGGACGGGGGCUCCAUCGUGGGGGCCAGCGUGUUCUACAGCAGCGCCCCCGGGCCGGCCCCCCCCCGGAGGAGGACCGGCUCCCAGAGCAGCCUGGACAAGCUGGACCAGGAGCUGGAGGACCAGCAGGAGGAGCUGCGGCAGACGGAUGAGUUCUCCUCCCUGGUUUGGAUCUGCACCUCCACCCAGAGCUCCACCCAGAGCUCCACCCAGAGCUCCACCCGGGCUCUGGUCAUCGACGCCAACCAGCCCGGGCACGUCCUGGACAACUUCCCCGUCUGCGACUCCCACGUCGUCUGCAUCGCCAGCGUCCCAGGUGCGAGGGAGACGGAUUACCCGGCUGGAGAGUUGGUUCCUCUGAACUCUGAGGCGGGGCCAGUGGAAGGCAACGGCUCCGCCUCUCUGAACGCCUCGACCAAUAGCGUUGGAGAGAGUGGCGAGGGCGUGCUCGGGGGCAUCACCGUGGUUGGCUGUGAUGCUGAGGGGGCGGCGGCCAUCCGACAGACGGCAGGAAGUACAGCAGAGACCUCCGGGGACGAAGACACCAGGCCCAUCGAGGAGGCGGGCGAGGCGUCAGAGUCCUGCACGGGGCCCUCAGGCCGCAGCAAGGGCCCGCGGGGAGCCUACACCGAGCACAUCUUCGCCGACCCACUGGGGGCCCAGAAGACAGACCUCCCGGCGGGCUACACCCAGAGGGAGACUGACCUGGUGAAGGACGGCCUGGGGCCCAGCGCUGCCCCCGCUGGCGAGGAGGAGCAGGACCUGAUGAUGAUGGAGGAGGCGCAGAAGAUGACCAGCGUGCUGCCCACCAUGUGGCUGGGGGCGCAGAACGGCUGUGUGUACGUCCACUCCUCGGUGGCCCAGUGGAAGAAGUGCCUCCACUGGAUCAAGCUGAAGGACGCGGUUCAAGGCAUCGUGCAUGUGAAGGGCCGUGUUCUGGUGGGCCUCUCGGACGGCACCUUGGCCAUCUUCCAGAGGGGAGCAGACGGGCAGUGGGACCUGAGCAACUACCACCUGCUGGACCUGGGCCGGCCGCACCACGCGCUGCGCUGCAUGGCGGUGGUCCACGACCGCGUGUGGUGCGGCCUCAGCAACAAGAUCUACGUGGUGCAGCCUGAGGCCAUGAGGGUGGAGAAGUCGUUUGACGCCCACCCCCGUAAGGAGAGCCAGGUGCGGCAGCUGGCCCGCGACGGGGACGGCAUCUGGGUGUCGAUCCGUCUGGACUCCACGCUGCGUCUGUUCCACGCCCACACACACCAGCACCUCCAGGACGUGGACAUCGAGCCCUACGUCAGCAAGAUGCUAGGAACCGGUAAACUGGGCUUCUCCUUCGUCCGCAUCACGGCCCUCAUGGUGUCCUGCAACCGCCUCUGGAUCGGGACGGGGAACGGAGUCAUCAUGUCCGUCCCUCUGACCGAGACCUCGGAGGCCAACCAGGCCCUGGUGCCGGCCGGCGCCGGCCAGCAGCAGCCAACAGGGGGCGCUGUGGUGCGGGUGUACGGCGACGCCGCCAGCGACAAGGUGACGGCGGGGACCUUCGUGCCGUACUGCUCCAUGGCCAACGCCCAGCUCUGCUUCCACGGGCACCGCGACGCAGUCAAGUUCUUCACCGCUGUCCCGGGCCACCCCAACCCCCCGCCUCCCUCGGAGGGGGGUGCGGCCGGGGGCGGGGCCGACGGUUCCUCCCAGGACGGGCCGGGAUCCAUGCUGGUGAUGAGCGGGGGGGAGGGCUACAUCGACUUCAGGAUGGGUGACGUUGCGGAGGAGGGGGAGGAGCCUCGGCUGACCCUGCAGCCCCUCCAGGCGUCAGCGGAGAGCAGCCACCUCAUCGUGUGGCAGGUGCUGCCCCACAGUACCUGAGAGAGGGAGGGAGGGAGGGAGGGGGGGGGGAGGGAG